GAAGUAGUUGAUUUCUUGUUCUGGUUUGUGUCUUCCUAAUUUCCAUUUUUUUUCUUAUUUAUGUUUCCUCUGUUUCGAUAUUAUGCACUAUGCAUUGUUUUUGUUUCUCUCUGAACCUGAAACAUGAUUUUACUUCUUCGAAGGGUUAAUCAAAAUCUAUAUGAUCAAAGUCAUUCUUGUGAUCAUUCACUAGAUACAAAGUGAAUGCACUCAUUUCUAUUAAACAACUAGGAACUUGUGAGAAUCUAUUUGAUUGCUUGCCUUUUUUAGUACUAUUAUAUAAAUCUUUUUCAUGUGCUAAUAAUGUCGUUUUCCUUUUUAUAUCGUAAUUUGCUUUGGGAAUAUACACAACUGAGUGUUUUGUCAUUUUCCUCUGUUCCUUUUAGACUCUUUUAACUUGGAAGUUUUUAAGUAACUGCUGCAAAGGAGAAAAAGUAAAGAAGAGUUUGGUGAUAUGAUGAAGGGAAGAACAGCCAGUAAUCUUCAGUUGAAUCGGUCUACGAAGAAUGGGAAAAGAGAUCAAAAGCCACAGAAGAAGAACGGUGCUAAAAGAUCUUCAGAGCAAGAAAGACUCAAGACUUUGGAAGCUAAACAAGAAUCUAAGGUUUCUGAAGCAGUAAGUGUUACAACUACAGAAGCAAAUGAUGAUGCAGUGAAUGGGUCUUCAGAGAGUCAUCAUGAGUCUGAGUCUAGUGAAGUAGCAGAGAAAGAUGCUGAUGAUGAUGACAAGGAGGAAGAAAGUAAAGACACUGCGCCCUUGUUGGAUACUUGUGAAGGUGGCAAUGAAGAUAAGAGAGCAGAUCUUUUGGUAAAACUAGUUGAGGAAGAUGCUUCAGAUAAUGACAUUAGUAGUGGAAGUGAGAAGGAGGAAAAUGAGGAUGAAGAAGCAUUGAAACAAAAGGUUGAGAGUUUGGAGACAAGAAUUGAGAAACUUGAAGAAGAGCUAAGAGAUGUUGCAGCUCUAGAGAUUUCACUCUAUUCGGUUGUACCAGACCACUCUAGCUUAUCACACAAGCUUCACACCCCUGCUAGAAGAAUUUCAAGACUCUAUAUCCAUGCUUGUAAACAUUGGAGUCAAGGACAGCAAGCAACCGUCGCUAGAAACACAGUCUCUGGUCUCAUUUUAGCUGCUAAAUCUUGCGGAAAUGAUGUUCCAAGAUUGACAUUCUGGUUAUCAAACAUAAUCACUCUGAGAGGUCUCACUUCACAUGCAUUCACACAAAUCUCUGAAUCAAAUGGGAGUGAAACCUUCACUGCAUCAUUAGAGAAAGUUGAGUUCUGGUUGUUCUCUAGAAUAGUUGAAUCUAUUUGGUGGCAGAUCUUCACACCUCACAUGCAAUCCUCCGAAAAUGGCGAUAAAACGAAUGAGAAAGGAAGCUUUUCAAUUAGCCUAUGGCAAAAUGCUUUCAAAGUUGCACUAUCAAGGCUCUGUCCUAUGAGAGGAGAAGGACAUGAGUGUGGUUGCUUACCUAUCUUGUCUAAAAUGGUAAUGGAGAAGUGUAUAGCGAGAGUUGAUGUAGCCAUGUUCAACGCUAUACUACGCGAAUCAGAACACCAGAUUCCCACUGAUCCUGUCUCUGAUCCUAUUAUAGAUUCCAAAGUUCUGCCUAUCCCUGCUGGAGACUUAAGCUUUGGAUCCGGUGCACAGCUUAAAAACGCGAUUGGUAACUGGUGUAGAUGCCUCUCUGAAGUGUUGGACAUGAACACUAUAGACUCUGUUGAAGAAGAUGAGACAUAUUUCAGUUUGUUAAACGAACUCAGUGAUCUACUUAUGCUCCCUAAAGACAUGCUUAUUGACUUAACCAUUAGAGAAGAGGUGUGUCCAUCGAUAAGUCUUCCACUGAUCAAAAGAAUACUCUGCAACUUCACACCUGAUGAGUUCUGUCCUGAUCAUGUCCCUGGAUCUGUCCUAGAAGAACUUAACGCCGAGAGCAUUUCGGAGCAGAAGUUAUCAGGAUUUAGCUUCCCUUAUGCAGCUUCUCCCGUUUCAUACAUUCCUCCAUCAUCAACUAAUGUGGCAGAGAAAAUCCCAGAGGUAGGAAGAGACAUCUCUAGGAUGUCGAGGAAUGCGUCUAUGAUACAAAGAAAAGGAUACACGAGCGACGAGGAGCUCGAUGAACUGGAUUCUCCUCUUACAUUUGUUAUUGACAAAGUGUCUGCAUCACUUUGUUCAGGACACACUGGGAAGGUGAAGCAAAAAGAUGAGCAAGUAGGUGAAGUGGUAGCGAAUGUAAGAUAUGAGCUUCUUAGGGAAGUGUGGUCUAUGUGA